AUGUCGGCGGACCACACACCAACUAAUCCACCUCAUACAAAGGAGGACAAACUUCGUAUUGCCAAAGUCGAGCAUGCUUAUUUCGAAGAAAAGAAGCCGCUUUUUGAACGCGAGACCCUGGAAAGUAUCUCAAAGGUCCUUGCUGAUUACAGAGCGGACAAAUUCAAGGGUGGAGCCCCUCCUAUUCUUAAGAUUCCGGACUAUGUUGACCAAAAGAAACAUCCAUACACCCUCACUCUCGAUAUGGGACAUUAUGGAGAUAUACUCAUAGGACUGGUAUACAUUCCUAUCCAAUGGCUCAUAAACCCUUACUGGCAUCGAAGUAAUCUCGGAGCGGAUGAAAAUGAUGGGCCUGCAAAUCCAAUUAAGAGCAUCGAUACGGAGCUUGAUGUAGAUCCUACAGAAGACGAAAUAGAGGAAUUCGAACAUAGGUGGAAAAUGUUCCACCAAGAAUGGAAGAAAAGCGGUCUACGAAACUCCCUUCUAAAGAAAUUCGACGACAUCUACAAGAAGAACCCCGUCACGGUUACAAGAGUUAUUGCUUUCGGAAAUGAGAUGCAGAAAUAUCUCCAGGCUUCCUCGUAUGCACAAGAACCCGCAUAUAACAUAGAAGACGAAAUUAAAGUCCUUGAUUGUCUCAAGAUUGAGCGACUGCAUGAUCCGGAUGGACUUUUGAAAAUUGAUAAUGAGACUAUAGUUUUCAGCAUGUAUCCGAAUUUUGCUCUCUUGCAAUUUAUUGCUGACACUGCAGAACCUGCGAUGAUUUUCUACAACCAGAUAGCUCCAGAUAUAGAAUGGGCGAUGUACAAGCGUGCAGAGAAGAAUGGCGAGGGCGUCGUUCGACCUACAUUCGGCCAUAGCCAUGACCCAACGUCCCCCAGAGUCCAGAACCUCAUUCGAAAUUACGAGGAGCACGACCUUCCCUUCCCCAUAGGUUACCUUGCAGGAAAAAAUACAAAGCUCUAUGUUCGGAAAUGA